AUGGCUCAUGGUCAAACAAAUCAUACAACAGAUCAUCAAGUUAUAAACAAUUCUGCAUCAAGCCAUCAACCGCUAGAUCUCAACUGCGAACAUGGCGAACCUACUUUUCUAUUUGUAUCUAACGCAAUUACUGAACAUGUAGCAUCCGGCGAACUUGGUGUGAACCACAAUGAAGCACCAUUGGAUAAGUCGAAUCAACAAUGUUUGCUUCAAAACAAUGUCGCUUUAUAUGUUCAAGAAAAUGGAGUUCCUGACCGCCCUAAUGAAUUGGCUCAAGGACAAGUGAGUGAUCUUAAGCAAAAAUAUGAACAAGAAGAUGACGCACAAUCAUCCAUAAGCUCAUCUUCAAGUACGACCGGUCUUAUAAUAGAUGAACAAGAAGAAGAGCCUCCCGCAAGUCCAUAUGCUAGUGUAAUUGGAUUUGAUGAAGACUACAAAGGAGAAGUUGAAGAAGAAGAAGACGACGAAGCAUCUUCAAUAGAAUCGCCCGCAAGUUCAUAUUUUGAUGAAGCUGAUUCUCUGGCAAAGAAAGAAGAAGAUGGCACGUCAUCUUCUGAUAGCAUAGAUUACGCAGAGGAUAAUAGCGAAGAAUCGUCUUCAACUGAAUCGUUUGCAAGCUCAUCUUGUGGUAGAGCUCGUCUUAUACCAGUUGAUUUAGGCGAAGGUAAAAAUCUAUGCUUUCCAAAAGUACAACAAACGGAAGAAAUUGCAAAUGCAGAACAUCUUAAUCAUAACCAAGAUAGCAACCAAUCGCAGAAUGAUCCAGUUGCUGAGCCUGUUUCAACUAUACCAGCAAACUUGUCAAGCCCAGAAUUGCCUACGGAUGCUAUUGAUGAAAAUCCAACGACUGCCUCUUCUAAUGACCAUACGAAUGAAACUAUUGAGGAUUGUGCUCGGUUUCAAGCAUCAAUCAGUUUAUCAGAAAGCAAAAAAAGAUCAAUAUCAUCGGAUGAAAUUGAUGAAACAUAUAUUUCAGGUGAUAUAAAAAGAUGUCGACCAUCGUCGCCAUAG